CAUACAUUCAACAGGAUGCAGUGCACCAUAAUAGCUCUGAUUGCGAUCUGUUGCCUGGGCACAGGACUUUCGGCGACCACAACAGCGCCCAUAGCAGCCAGGCCCGCAGCUCCCGCUAGAAAUUUCUAUCUGGAUCUUAAGAGCAUAUUGCGCAAUAUUCCACAUAAACAGAUCGAGCAUCUGGUCCAGGCCUAUCUGCUCAACGAUGCCGAGUUCCAGGCAGUCAUACGGGAGAUCAAUGCACUAACCACGUAUCGACUGCGAUUACAGCUGCUCAAUCAGCCGGAGUUGCGCCAACUGCUGCAGUGGUUGUCCCAGCAGCUGAUCCUGUCAGGUGGCUCCCUCAAGGUAUUCGACGAUCUGGACCUAGAGAUCAAGGUGUUUAACAAAUACCCCCACUGGGCACAGACGGUGAAUGGCAUAACCGGUUUCGAACAGGAAUUUAACUAUAUCUAUCCGUUGACAUCCAUACGCAAGCUGCUGGAGACAAAUGCCCAGGAAAGUCCCGUCUUCGGUGAGUUCUGGCGUCGUGUUGUUGCUUUGGAGCCGGCCUAUGACCGAUUCUGGGCCACACCACAAGCCACAACAUUUGUCAACCGAUUGCGCACUUUGGGCGUUGAUGUCAAUGGCUUGGAUUACUUUGUGCGCUAUCAGCUAGGCUGGAGAAAUGAUACCUCACCCAGUUACUACGACUAUGACUACAAUUAUGGAUUUUAUUAAAGUGGCAGGGAAUGAGUGAGGGGAGCAAGUGAUCAAGUAAAAACAAAAUUAUGCUAUAUACUUAUAUAAAUAACGCGAUAUUAUAAAAUAUAUAUUACUAAAUAUCAAGCCAUACUGUAAAGUAA